GCCGUCUUAUCUUCGUGUUUCCCACUUCAGAAGGGAAUGAUAUUUCACCAGUUGUCAACUGAAUCUAGGUUUGAGAAGUUUCUCCAGGCAUGUAAUGAUAAGAAUGUCAUUUCUGUCUCAAUGUUAUUGUAUCAAGGCGCAGCAGAUACCCACCGAACUUCGAAGAUAUACAUGAUGGACGCCACUGGGAGAAAUUUAGACAGUGCUUUAAGCAUUUGCACGGUGACAUCACUAGCAGCAGUAUUUUCUACUCGUAUUUCUACUCCGUUAAAUACAUUUAUUGUUAUUGAUACUGAAACAUUUCAGAAGUUAAAAAAUCUGGAUUUUUACCGUGGUUCGUGUCGAAAUAGUUUCACACCGUAACUCGAACAGAAUUGUUUUACAAAAUUAACCCGCGGAGCACAGAGCUGAGGUACCAUUUUCAUUUGUUUGCUGUUGAGUUGUGUGGAAAUGACGAGGUUUCGUAGCUUACCCAAAACAGAUCCUGGACUAUUGAUGAACAUGAUGGAAAUAUCUGGGGAGACCGAUUGAUUUGUUGGAGUGAUCUUAUGCCCGGUGCAGAAUGCCACCUGUCAAUGAGAUUGUUCUAUUUCAAAGCUGUGUCACUUCUCUUUUUAACGACUGAACAUUUCACUGUUAAAACAUCGUGUCGAUAGUUGCAUUGCGUGCGCUGUUUCACAUUUCCUUAGCUAAGAGUCUUAACUAGCACGCUCCAGCUAUUCGGCUCACAUUAGUAUUCCUGUCCUAUCAAUGUGUUGUGUCGCUAUUCACGUCAGUCUGCCUGAUUCCUGCGCCUCGCGUUUCCAGAAGGUUACAGCCGCAAAAAAAAAUUGGGAAGGUAUAAGAUUCGAGCAAACGACCGCGGUCACUUACUACCCACCGGGAAUCUUUAAUUUUGUUUCCUGAAGUGACAAUUUAAAAAAAAACAGUUGUGAUCUCCCUCGCCCCGGGAGAACUAAAGGCGAGAUCGUUCCGAUAUAGGAUUUCUGGAGCCGACAGAUUCUUAAUGGAAACCCCUAAAUCUUCCAGAUGUGAGCACCUUCCCGAUGAAAUCCCCACCCUAAGCAGCGAAGAGCAUGGUGACAUUGGGAGAUUUCAGCUCUUCUUAAAUAGCGGGGACUUUGAAGCAUGUUGAAAGAGGCCGGCCAGCGCCCGCUUUGCAGGCUCAAGGUUAUGUAGGGGAGGAGGAGUAAAAAAAACAAAACAUCUUAUUUGUUUUCUGUUUUGAGGUUGUGUUCGUUUCCUGGAGCGCGCGCUUCAUCGCUCACGUCUCACUCCCCUCCCCAAGCAAGGAGCAGCCGAUCUUGGAUGUGUAUGCAUGAGUUCUGCAGUGAAUGGGCGCAAACCCCGCCGCAAGUCGCCUGGCUCCAUCGUGCAGCUCGGCAAGGAGCAGGAGAGGGAAGCGGGGAGGACAGGGAGCUCGGAGAUCGCUGCUAAACCCUUCCGGGCACUCGAGGAGUGUAGGAUGCUGGUGCAAGACUUCAACACACAGGUGGCCCUAUACCGUGAACUGGUUAUUUCCAUUGGGGACGCCUCGGUGGACUCUCCCUCUCUGCGAGCUGAACUGCAGAGGACACGGACCAAAGGUUGUGAGAUGGCCCAGAACGCACAUCAGAAACUCUCUGCAAUCUCGGGUGCUGAAGAUGGGGAAAUCCAUCCAGAAAUCUGCAGGCUUUACAUUCAGCUUCAAUGCUGCCUAGAGAUGUACACAACAGAAAUGCUGAAAUCAGUCUGUCUACUCGGAUCCCUGCAGCUUCAUCGGAAAGGGACAAACACCUUGGUAGCUCCCAAAAUGAUUGACAGCAAACAGGAAGAGAGUUCUGAAGCUCCAAUUUUAGAAGAUCCACCAACUUCACCUCUUCAAGAUCUUCAGCCAUAUUCUUGGCAUGUUUCCACAGAUAUAGAAAAUACUGAAAGAGACAUACGAGAAAUGAAAAAUCUUCUAAGCAAACUCAGGGAGACUAUGCCUUUACCGCUAAAGAACCAAGAUGAUAGCAGCCUCCUCAAUCUGACUCCAUAUCCACUAGUGAGAAGGAGGAAACGAAGAUUCUUUGGACUUUGCUGCCUUGUCUCAAGUUAAAGGAUAACUAACACAAGACUGAGAGGAAAAGUCAUUUGUGGGUAUUAUGUUCUUUGGAGUAAAUGUGUUGGCAAGAAGAUACUUUCCCCUUACUUCCUACUGUUUGUUGUAAAUAUCGGUUUUAUUUUUGCUGUACAGGAUGGCCAAUUUUUGUAAUUUUAUUUUUCUCUGAAGAAUUUUUUUGAAAAUUGAUACCCAUGUACCCAUGGAUUCCACAGCAGUGUUAUGCUUGAAAUAUAUUUUAAACUGAUUUUCACAAGCUGAACUUUUAAAAGAUUAUUUUUUGUAAAUAAUAAAGGGAUGUAUAUUAAAUACAUGCUCCUGUUGUAGCUCAAUGUGAACAUGUGAAUGAAUAAAUGAAAGGUCACAGCCUAAUUGGAAUGAAGCGGCACAAACAUUGCUUUAACCCUGUCCUGAAGCAAAAAGCCCAUAGGCUAAAUCUGUAAAAGCAGAAAAGAAAUGACAGCAGUUCACAGGAGAAACAUGGUUACAAAUGCAUUGUCCACUCAAGCCAUGCCUCCUAACUUAUUCCAUUUAGUCUUCCAAAUAAUCAGUGCAAUAGAACUUCUGUUACCCACUGUCAUCCUUCAGUGGAUGGAGAAAAUUGUAAGAUAUUUAGUAGCCCCAGUGAUUUUCUGGUUAAGUAACUGGAAGAAUGUGAAUGUAUUUGCGGAUUGAACAGGCAGGUGGCAGAUGAAAUUAUAUCUGGAAAAAUAUAAAAUGUUUUUCGUUGGGUCAAAAGUUCAGGAAGGAUCAUUAUUUAAAUAGAAAGAAGAACAUGGAGCAUGAUAGAGAUCAGGGAGUUCUGAGAAAAUCAGAGGUAGAAAUGGUCAAUAUUGAGUAAGUAAUGAAGAGAUUCUACCAUUGUAGGUAUUUUUGGUAUGGCAGCAUUAAGGUUCUGAUUACUGAAGUAUUAAAAAAAGUCAUUUGAAAUGUUGAAGGAUAGAUAUGUGAGAAACCAGAAUGGGCGAAGAGGUGUAGUAGUUGGACAGUGUUGAGCGAUCAUAGAAAUUAGGCAUGUUCUAAUUGGAAAGUAGAAGGUUGAAAAGUGGACAACAUACACAAUAAAAAGUUCAUUCACAAAUAAAAACAGAAAUUCUGAAGUAAAGUCACUGAAGUCAAAAUGUUAACUCUGUUUCUCUCUCCAUAGAUGUUACUAGACCAACUGACUUUCUCCAGAAUUCUCUGUUUUUGUUUCAUAUUUACAGCACCCACAGUAACUUAUUUCAUAUUAAAAUGUUUUCCAAAAAAGUUGAACCAGAGGACAGAGCCUGUACAUGAAGAGAGCAAAGGGAAGUGAAACUCCGCAGAGGGUUGGAUUUUCCCAAAUUAGCUUCCUUUUCAGCCAUCAGGAUCAUUUUAGGAUCAGGAACUUGGAUGUGGACCUGGAUUGACUUUGGUCUAAUCUUCUGGGAGACGUUCAAUUAACAGCCUUCCUGCACUCAUCCUUCACUGCUUCUUUGACAAAGCUGGGUGGAAAGUCAAGUCAGCAGCAUGAAUGGCACAUAAUGCUUACCAGUCAGCUGAAAAGCUGCACAAACACUGCACUCAGACAAGGAAGAAAAUUUUUCUUCUGCAAGAAAUUUAUCAGAAGACGGAUACAUUCACUGAGAAUCAAUGGCAUGCUUCUGAAGUUCACAGUAGCGACAGUACAAAGACAGAUAUUUUUGGAGGACAGGAACAGGAGGGCAACAGCAUGACCAAGAGGCCAUACUGGAGUUAAUUGAAGAGGUCAGCAGCAAAGGUGGGGUUACUGACAUCUGGGUACAGUUCAGGAAGUCCUUCAGUACCCUCUUAUGCACUGCAAUCAUCAGCUGGCAGUCAAAACGCACUCGUUCACUGCAUUACCAAUUCUCUGCACAAAAAGACAGCAGUACGGAGGAAUGUCUCAUCUGAUCCCUUCAGAUAAGCAUUCAUGCACACAGGACUCAGAUGCAGGCUUAAAGUGCUGUUCUUAUAUUCCCCAUCCAAAAGUGAAGUUCUUGUGACUUUCACACUGAAAGUUUCAUGUUUUUAACGCUCCAGUUUGACUCAUUACAAAAGAAGAAAGCCUUUAAUAGGUGGGAGAGGAGUGAAACUAGGCCUUGUGUAGGCUUCCUGAGCUUCAUGGUAUUGAUGCAACAGAUAGUCAGAGAUCAUCAAGGUAGUAGCAGGCCAGGCUGAGGUAAGGCGAAAAUGAAGAUGGAUGAGAGAGAAAAUGAAAACUUCAUUUCUAUUCCACGCAGUUGCAUCACAGCUGGACCUUGCCGGUACCUUUGUCUUUGCAAGUGAACAUUUGAAGCACAGAACCAUGUAAUAGGAUGAAAACAUUGGUUCAUAGGUAUUUCACUCAGUCCACUUCCCUGCAGCAACAACGCCAAAGCCACAUCAGCAGUGACCUGAGGAGGUAUCGCAGAUUUCAGAGGAGGAACCACACUGUGAAAAUGCACCAUCCCUUCAGUCAAACACACCCUCUACUAGUGUACAUACACUCAUCUCCUUUCUAAGUAUAGUUGGUAGCACAAGGUAGGCUGCAUAUCAUAUGCAAGCAGCAGCUGAGAGAGGCAGUAACAAUUGUUGGCAGUUUCAAUCAGAGGCCUGAGGACAGCUUCAGCAAUUGCUGAGCGCCACCUAGCCGUUGAACCUCAGAUUAUCAACGAAGCUGAUGCUGCUGGAAGAAUACAGGAUAUAGCUAUCUAUCAAGAGUUCCCUGAGGGAAUUUGGAGUCUUGCUUAGGAGAUGGUAAAGUCCAUUCCAUCCAUUCCUUGAGUGCAGCAUGACUUAGGCAUAUGAACUCAUUACUUCAUUGAUGAAUUGUUCUUCUUCUUGGAAAACUAUAUGUGACAGGUCAAUGGGUUAAAGAAACAGCUGCACCAUUAUGUCCACAGCAUGCCUUCACCUUUGAGCAGUAUUGAUCACUGGUUACAGUCAUGGCUCAGAGAUGCAUAGAAACACAUCCAAGUGCUGCGGCACUGAGGUUAGAAGGGAAGUGCAGAUGGACCUGAGAGGGUAGAGAGAAAACAUGAUGAUAACAAUAGAAUCUAAGCCCAAGGUACAGCCCCAACCCCCAACUCUGUAGAAACACAUCCUGCUUGUGAGUAAGGCUGUCCCACAUAGGUACAGGGGUGCAGCCUUUCACAAGCAAUAGCACCCAGCGGGCAUGUGUCAUGGUCACCUAAUUCAUUGGAGCAGAACAACAAGCAGCUUACCAUUAGAUAUGUUCCAAUUGAGCAGUAACUGCAGUAGAGAAGAGAAGGCAGAAAGUUAAUGAGUUGCACAGUGGGGAUCACUUGACUGUGUUACUUUAUUAGACUGUAACAUGUGUUUAUUGCAUUGAAAGUGUUUAUGCUAGUGAAAUGCACAUUGAUUAAGUAGAGUGGCUUGUAAGUGAAAUCCUUGAUUGUGUUGGUUCACAGUGUUACAUUAGGAGGAGCUUAGGACUACUUUGAUCAAGAAUAUCUUAAAGUUAUCAUGGGCUUUCUGGACAUCCACACCUACUACUUAAAGGGUCUGGAUGCAAAAAAACAGCAGUCUAAAAAUUGACGUACAGGUGUAUCAUAACUAGAUGAGGGAGUCACCUCAGCCUGCUUGGAAGGUUUGUCAAUGGUACCACUGUCUCCUUGGCGAGCUGAUCUUCUUCAUGCACCCUCUUCCAAAGACAGAAUGCUCAUCAAGCUCUUGCAGCACCUGAUUCACUCCUUCUGUAUUGAAAAGGUGCAUUUUGGAGGGUAUCUCCAAUUUGGUCAAGGCACCGCAACAAAAUUUUGUGCAAACCUAUGAUCUACUCAACAGUUGCAUUGAUUUUCAGAUAGCUGUGCUUGUAUCGCUCACAGAACUCUGUGGUGUGGUGCGGCAAUGGUGACACUAGCCAUGUCUUCAAAAAAUUCUUCUUCGGUCAGUAGAAGUCAUCUAUGGAGGCUGUGCAGUGUCCUGAACAGUGAAACACUGACACUGCCUCAAUAGGAAGAAGUCAUGGAUCCUUUCAUGAUGGUCACAUACCAGUUGCAUUUAGGGAGUGAAACCCCUUCCUGUUCACAAAAGGAGUUGGCUUGUCUGGUGGCCCAUUGGUGGCCAUAUUGGCGCAGGCUUUUGUGUCCUGUCCCCAAGAGAAUCCUGAAUUGGAGAUGAAACUGAUUGUCCUUUGGGCCUGACCAGCAACAUUAAUUUGGAACACGAUAAAGCCACUGCCAUUGCUUUCAAAAUACCAGUCACCUGAAUGAUGAAUUGUGAAUGGCAAAUAAUGGGAUGCAACAAACAUCAGCAGCCAUCCUAGAAUGAUCUGCCACAACAACAUUCAUAAGAACAAUCAGCACUUUGGGAAUGUGUCCACCCUCUCAUUCUGCUUGAAGGUCCUCCUCCAAAAGGGCACACAGAUCCGUAACCAACUUCUGCAUUGGGUGCAGCCUUCAGAAAUACUCUGCUCAAGGAGGCACAGAAUGCUCAGUGUCUGCCUUUAGGGCCUGUGUUCACCCUCCUGGCCUUCAGCACCAUGGAGCUACAUACAACUGCUGAGCUUGCUGCAGCUCCUGCUCCCCUUCCAGUAAUGCCCCUCUACCCUCUGGGUACUGAACCAGCUUGGAGUGAAGCUGCUCCUCAGUUAACCACAGAGUAAGUGGUUUCAUUUCAUUGUGGAACCUCAAAUGCAGAUAGGUCUUCACUCAAUACAAAGUUAUAAUUAAUCAGAUGUUAAUAAUCUUAAAUAAUCAUCAUGGACAUGAAAUUUUAAGUCAGUGUUCAUCACCCUAGAUGCUGCUGGAACUGGUGAUAUUUCUAGCAUUUCUGUUUUAUUUUCAAACUUUUGGUAUACACAGUAUUUCAUUUUUAUAUUAGUGAUUAACACACUGCUAUUUCUCUUUCAGGAAUGCCUACCUUGAAGAAGUUCUAUUCUUUCCAACUAAAUUUCCGUUUGUCUCUCUUGCUGUAGUCUCUUUUUUUUCUUGUAUUUAGCCAGGGAUCUAGAAACUUCCCCUUUCACAACCACACCCAUUUCAUAGUAAUUGUCCCAAUUUUCAAUUUCUUCCACAUGGAUUCCAACUAAAAUUCCAUCCUUUGUGUUUCACGCCCAUCUAGCAUUGCGAAUUUCUCCUAGACAUUUAACUUCCCUUGAAUCUCAUUCUAAGAUUCACUCUGAAUGCCAUGCACCACCACAUAGACAAUCUUGUGUUUCUUAAGCAGAACCUGAGUUCUGAUGAAAGAUCACAGACAUGUAAGAUUAACUGCUUUUCCCUUCACUGAUGCUUAUUGAGCCACUGUGUAUUUCCAGCAUUUUCUGUUUUUAUUCGGGUCUUUAUCCUUUCUGACUUGGCAGAUUAUUUUCUCAGCAAUAUUUUUCCCUGUAACAUUUUUUGUUGCAGCAACAUCACCUGUUCUUUUAUUGAUAAAUCUCUUUCUAAAGAUGACCAAAGCCUUGAUGCUUCUCUCCUUUAAAAGCAUUGAAUGUCUGUGUGUAGUUUCAAGCCUCAAUGAUUUCCUGUUGUGCACUCAUCUCUUCUGAGUUUCUGGCCUGCUGACACUGCAGGAUCCUUUGCGCUGCUGGUAAAGAGCCAUUAUUUUCUGUAACUGGCUUUUGGUUUCCUUCCCACAGCUAACACAAGCUUCCAAAUUGCCAGAGGCAGGAACACAUCAGCAGAGCAGCCUACUUAUUUUUGUUCUAAUUUUCAGUACUGUGUGCCUCCAAAUCACCUCAAAGCUCUGAGGAAACUGCCCCUAGUGUUUCAGUGAGUGACUGGUCACAGGCUCCCUCAAAAUACAAUGGAAGGAAUUAAUAAUGAUGCAUUCAAACACAAAUUACAAUGAUUUUUGCAAAAUAGCAUUUUGGGUUUCAGUGCAUAUGUAAUUUGAGACAUGAUAUGAGGGUAGAAGUUUGACUCAAGCAGAUGACUUUGAACCAAUGGUUGACAAACCUUUCUACUGCUAAGUUUCUCCUGUUUUUUGUUUCUAGUUGAUACAGAUUCAUCGCCAUGAUUAGUCAAAUCUCUAUUGCCAUUGCAUUGUACAAAUAAUAGGAGGGGGCACUUUUGGUGCAGUGGAGUGUCCCUACCUCUUAGCUAGGAGGCCUGCAUUCAAGUUCCACCUGCUCCAGAGGUGAUUAGAAAAUAUUUCCAAAUAAUAGGGUUACAGAACUCAAGCUAUGUGGACGUUAUUUUUUUAAAUCUUGCCUUUCCCAUGUUUGAAUUUGAAAGUUUCCAAAAUUUAAAAAAACACACAGAAGGAAUUGUAGUUUCAACACAGAAUUAAGAUGCACGUAAUACAAAGAGCAUAGGUUAAACACUGGUGAAAAUAUUCAACUUCAUCAGCUGAGUGUUGACCUGGUAGAAUUAGAACUGCCACUCCUGGGGGUUACCAAAGCCAGACACACUCAGCAGCCAAACCAUGUGCAUUCACACAAAAAAAUGAUCAUGAGUUUAAAAUCUGUUGAUAUAAUAAAUUAAUAUAAACACUGCAAUUCCUUUUGUGCACUGAAUUACUUUAUUAGUUAAAUUAUAUAAAUGAUUACUGAUAAAACUACAUCAUUGCUGAAUAAAACAUGCUUUAUCCAAGCUUUUUGUCUUGCACUUAGUAGGACAUUUUACAAGAAUUCCAUUUCAAGGGUAAAUCAACGUUUACACUGAGUUCUAAUUAAUUAGAAAGUGGACCCUGGUAGGGCUUUACCAUGGACAAUGCACACACUAAUGCAGAUUGACAAUUAACUUCAUAGAUUGUUUUAAUUUUUAAACAAGGCAAGUUUAUUCGGUUGGUCUGGAAAUUGAUCUGAGAAAUGAGCCAGCAAAUGGUUUUCCCUAUCUUGUUGAGUUGAAACAGGCACCUGUGUCUGCAUGUUCUUUCUGUCUGUCAGGAGCAGCCCUUAUGUGUGUACAAUAUAUAUAUAGACAUAUAGCUUCCAGCAUUCUUAAAUAUACCGCAUUGCAAAUCUUACUGACAAUUCUAAACUGGUUGUCAGUGUAAUUCUUCUUAUAUUCAUGAUUAUUCUGCAACCUUCUUCAGGCUGGGCAUUUCAAGUUCUGGAGAAGGGUCACUGGACCCGAAAAGUUAAGUCUGAUUUCACUCCACAGGUGCUGAGAUUUUCCAGCAGUUUCUGUUUUUGUUUUGGAUUUCAAGCAUCCACAGUUUUUUUCGUUUUUUUUCCAUAUGUGACAUACUGUAUUGGAAGCCACGCAUUAAUAAAUAGGGUCCAUACCCUUUGCAGACAGAAGAAACAUGUGCAUAUAUGGUAACUGUAUCAACUCAACAAUGUAGGCAACACUUGUUUGCUGGUUCAUUUUUAAGGGCAAUCAGUGUCAAUUUGCCUGGUGUAAUAUACAAACAAAGUUUAAUUUUCAAUCAACAGUAAUCUGUGCAUUCUUUAUGGCAAGGCUUCUAUCAAUCAGAAUUCUCUAGCCCACUGAUCUUCUCCCAUGCUGUAUAAAUACUAUCUUUUCACUGACUUAGAUUCUUGGCAAAUGUCCUGAUGACUGCAGGAUGGAAAGCUUUGAAAAAAUGUAUUUUCUUCAGCAAUAUUCAAAUAACUAGUACUAAUGUAUGUUAGAUAAUACAAUAAUUAAUAGUAACAUCGGUAGUUCAAAGCCAAAGUACACAACAUACGAACGACGAGCAUGCAUUUUGAAUUGGUGGGUGAUAACAAUGACAAUAGCUUGAUGUUCACCUUGAGGAUGGUGGGAUUAACAUGAGAGCAGCUCAUAAAAGCCUGCACAAACCAAAGGUAGAUCCAAUGGGUUCUUUUCCAAGGGCACUUGUCAGUCUGGAAAUGAUUUGAAACUACAUUGACAUUGACCAAUGGUAUUGGAAUGAUGGUUAUUUGAAACAGUACACCAGCUAAUCUUCAAUGCCUGAUAUCAAUGUCAUGUGAAUUAAUUUUCAUGGAACAAUGAUCUACAGCAAGAGGCAAGAAACAAGCAUUCCCUUGGAGCUUCCUCAAAUUGCACAUUUCAAAAGUCAACAUAGCAGAAACAGAGAAGUGGUUUAUGUCAAACUGGGAACAAUUGGUGUUGGCAGAUUUUGUGAAAUCUCCUUCAAAAUAUUUUCCACAAAAUUUCUGCAAAAUAUUCGGGAAAGUCAAUAAUUAAAUUCUGGAACAGAGAUGUUCUUCUAUAUUGAAUGUUUUUAUAUUUUUGAGAGCAGCUAUCAUGAAUAAUUUUGUUUCACAUGCGCAUAAAUAAAGUAAAACGUAACUUAAUUUGUAAAUGUAUAUCAGAUGUCGCUCUCAGUACUAUGUAUUCAGUCCCUUGUACCUUGCUAUAUUUUUUUUCUCUUUUAUUUCAAUAAAAAAAUUAAACCUAAUGUGCAAUAUAUUAAAAAUGCAAGAUGUAUCUAAUACUAUGUAUACAAUUUCAUUAAAGCUAUUGACACUUUAUUCAUAAUAGAAAAAGCAUGAUACAUGCAUAUUAAAAAUUGUGUUCAAUGUUCUUAGGCAUGCCAGAGAUAGAACUGACUGUAUAAAUUAAACACAUUUUACAUUGUUUUAAUUAAAUAAAUUUUUACACUAAGUC